AGUAAGUAACUAUCAGAUCAGUAUCAAGUGUCUGGCAAAUAAAAUCAAGUAUCUAUUAAACAAAUGUGCAACCAGUAAUAUCAUUAGUGUAAUUAUAAAGAAACCUUUUAAGAGUAUUAUUAUUCCAUUUUUACCACCAAUCAUGUCUUGGGUCCAGAUUCCUCAAAAUAGCCAUUUUACAAUUGAUAAUUUGCCAUAUGGAGUAUUUUCAACUGCAACUAAUCCAGCUCAUCGGAUCGGAGUUGCCAUUGGUGACUUUAUUCUCGAUCUUAAAGCAAUACAUCAUCUUUUCAAUGAUCCAAAACUGUUAAAAUCAGGUGAACAUGUUUUAACGAAACCAAUUUUAAACGAUUUUAUGAGUUUAACUCCAUCUGAAUGGCAUAAUGUGAGAAUCAAGGUUCAAAACCUGUUGAAUGGAAAUGAUAAAACAUUAGAGAAUAAUGAAAAGCUUCGUAAAGAGGCAUUGGUUGCCCAAAGAGAGGCAACGAUGCACUUACCCGCAAAUAUUGGUGAUUAUACAGAUUUUUAUUCCUCAAUUCACCAUGCAACCAAUGUCGGAAUCAUGUUCCGAGGAAAAGAAAAUGCUUUAAUAGCAAAUUGGCGUCAUAUUCCAGUUGGUUAUCAUGGAAGAGCAUCUUCAGUGGUUGUAUCAGGCACACCGAUUAGGCGUCCAAACGGUCAAACAAAGGACGAUAAUGCUACAAACCCAUCAUUUGGUCCAUGUCGUUUACUUGAUUUUGAAUUAGAGAUGGCCUUUUUUGUUGGCGGUGAAGGCAAUCAACUUGGUCAACCAAUUCCAAUCGCAAAAGCCGAGGAUAAUAUUUUUGGUAUGGUUUUGAUGAAUGAUUGGUCUGCUCGGGACAUUCAAAAAUGGGAAUAUGUUCCUCUCGGACCAUUUUUAGCUAAAAAUUUUGGUACAACAAUAAGUCCAUGGAUCGUUACAAUGGAAGCUCUUAAACCCUUCAGAACUACACCUUUUAAGCAAGAUCCAGAACCACUUGACUAUCUCAAAGAUAAAAAUGAUUUCAGUCUGGAUAUAAAUCUAACAGUUGAUUUGAAGCCAGCAAAUGGCCAGCCAACAACAAUUACUAAAACCAACUUUAACUAUAUGUACUGGACCAUCAAACAGCAAUUAGCUCAUCAUACUAUAACUGGUUGUAAUGUCAGACCUGGUGAUCUUCUUGCUUCAGGAACCAUAAGUGGUCCAGAGCCAGAAUCUUUUGGGUCGAUGCUUGAAUUGACAUGGCGAGGAACUAAACCUUUAACCUUGGCUGAUGGAAGUCAAAGAAAAUUUAUCCAAGAUGGAGAUGAGGUCAUUUUGAGCGGAUUUUGUGAGAAAGAAGGUGUCAGAAUCGGUUUCGGAGAAUGUCGUGGCGUUGUUUUACCAUCGCUAUCUAUUUGAGGAAGAGAUUAUCAAAAAGGGUAGAUUAAUGGAAACUGUUGAAAUAUUUUUGCUAUAUCACCAUUCAUUUAUCAAUAGUUAGAUGAAAACCAGGAAACAAGCCAAUUUUUUUAAAUCCAUAGUAAAUCGAAACAAUGCUUCAAGGGAAUAAUAAACUCGCAGGAAACCCAAUUUGCUCGUAAAAAUGUGUUUAUCUUUAUCCAGAGUUGAUAAAGGCACUGAUUCAAUAAAGUUGAUUAUUUAAUAAAUA